GCGCGCGCUGGGCAUGGGCAUGAGUGCCCUCAUCAUCGCGCAGCUCUUUUUUGCUGGCGUCAUCGCCAUUAUGUUAGAUGAGCUUUUGCAGAAGGGCUACGGCCUCGGCUCGGGGAUCUCCCUGUUCAUAGCCACCAACAUCUGCGAGACCAUCGUUUGGAAGGCGUUCAGCCCAACGACGAUCAACACCGGGAAGGGUACAGAGUUCGAGGGCGCCAUCAUCGCCCUGUUCCACAUCAUGAUCUCCCGGCCCGAUAAGAAGUUGGCGCUGUCGGAGGCCUUCUUCAGACAAACCGCGCCAAACAUCACUAACCUCAUAGCAACCCUCUUCGUCUUCUUCAUCGUGAUCUACUUCCAAGGCUUUCAGGUGGACUUGUCCUGCAAGUUUCACAAGAUCCGUGGGCACCGCGGCAUCUACCCCGUCCGACUCUUUUACACCUCCAACAUCUCGAUCAUCCUUCAAACUGCCUUAGUGUCCAACCUCUACUUCUUCUCCCAGCUGCUUUACCGCCGGUUCAAGUCCAACAUGCUGGUCAACCUCCUUGGACAGUGGCAAGACCUGGACUAUGGCGGAGAGGCCAUCCCCAUUGGAGGCUUGGCCUACUACAUCUCCCCGCCCAGCGACUUUGCCAACAUCAUGGAAGAUCCAGUGCACACCUUCUGCUACAUCCUCUUCGUGCUCUUCUCCUGCGCGAUUUUCUCCAAGUACUUCAUCGAGGUCAGUGGCUCGUCCUCCCGGGACGUGGCGAAGAUGCUCCGGGACCGGCAAAUCAUGUUCAAAGGCUACAGGGACAAGUCCCUGCUGCACGUCUUGAACCUGUACGUGCCGAUCGCGGCUGCCUUCGGGGGCAUGUGCAUUGGCAUGCUGACCAUCGUGGCGGACUUCCUGGGGGCCAUUGGCAGCGGCACCGGCAUCCUGCUAGCUGUGACCAUCAUCUACCAGCACAUGGAGAACGCGCAGCGCGAAAGAGAUCAGGGCACCAUGCUUUUCUGAGCUCAGUCCGGAUGCAGCGCGUGGGUAAGAUCCUGGCCCUCUUGGAAAGGGUGUCGUUUUAAGCGUACGAUUUCCG